CAGACAUCUGCAUUUAUUUAGCAGGCAGUGUGUACGCACAUGUGUUUGUUUACACUGUUGAAUGUCUUGAUAGUUUUGUCGUUCCAGAUUACCAAAGAAUGUCUUCUCAAUUUCAGUGUGAUGUCUGUGACUUCAAAUCACCGUAUGAUUAUUAUGGAAGCAAGCCCCCGUUUGUUCAUGCUGCUGUGUCUUUAAAGGAAGAGGUUUACAUUCUGAAGGAUCCAUUUGUGGCAGAAAAAAGACACAUCACCGUUGGAUCACACUGUUCAAUUUGUAGGAAAGCAGUUUGUGCAGGCCAGGACUGCAGUUUGUUCUACACAAAACGCUUCUGUCUCCAAUGUGUGAAGGAGAACAUCACAGAGUUUCCUAAUGAAAUCAAGAAGGAGCUUGAGAGGAAAGGAAUUGUAGCCAAAGAAUGAAGCGAAUGAAGAUUGGCUUCAGGCAGGAACGAGCGACCAGGGUUUAUGUUCUGGGAGGUAUCCUUGAAUAUGACGUCAACAAACAAAGACCUAGUCCAGGCUGAAGAGAUUAACAAUCAAGACUAGGGAGAAGAAGGUGGUUAGAGCUACAUUACAACACUGGUGGGCCCGUUGCCAACUGUAACAAACGAACCGGCCCUUACACGUCACAGGGAGUGUUCAUUACCCUUGGGGUUGAGAUAUUAAAAACUUAAGGCUAGUCCCAAGUUCGAGAUAAGACUAGUUUCAACGCUUUGUGAAAUCCACCCCUGGUCACUUGGCCAUAAUAUCAUUCCUUGAACCAUCUCAGCUGGCUGGGGAGAAUACAGCCUUUGCUGCUAAGUAUGUAGCGCACCAAGCUAAAUCAUUCUUAACAACCAUCUCUACCCUCACAGGUACCCAUUUACCCCUGGGUGAUGAGAAGCAUUUAUAGUUAAGUGUCUUGCUCAGGGA